AGCUGAAAUCAAUGUAACGGCCGACAGAUUCACUGUAAAUGAUGAUGUUCUUGAUGGGAGAUUCAGAGACAUACUGAAGCUGGACAAUCAAACUGGAUCUCUGAUCAUCACAAACAUCACAAUGAAACACGCUGGACGUUAUAAACUACAGAUCAACUCUAAGUGGUUUGAUUUCUACCUUGUUGUAAUUGUGUCAGUGACGGAGGGAGAUUCAGUCACUCUAUACUCUGUUCUUACUGGAAUAAAGGAUGGUUAUGUGAUUCGGUGGAGGUUUAGAAACACUGUAAUAGCUGAAAUCAAUAAACGGGACGACAGAUACACUGUAAAUGAUGAUGUUCUUGAUGGGAGAUUCAGAGACAGACUGAAGCUGGACAAUCAAACUGGAUCUCUGACCAUCACAAACAUCACAAUGAAACACACUGGAGAUUAUGAUCUAGAGACCAACUUUAAUGCAUUUAUCUUUCUAACUCUCACUGCAUCCGAUAUUUACACCACUCGUUCUUCUUUGAUUCGUCUCAUUGUCUACGCUCGUCUGCCUGUUCCUGUCAUCAGCAGUAACUCUUCACAAUGUUCAUCAUCAUCAUCAUCAUCAUGUUCAUUGGUGUGUUCAGUGGUGAAUGUGAGUCAUGUGACUCUCUCCUGGUACAAAGGAAACAGUUCAUUGUCCAGCAUCAGUGCGUCUGAUCUCAGCAUCAGUCUCUCUCUACCUCUGGAGGUGGAAUAUCAGGAUAAAAACACCUACAGCUGUGUGCUGAACAAUCCCAUCAGCCACCAGACUCAACAUCUGAACAUCACUCAACUCUGUCACACAUGUUCAGUCCACUGUUGUGGUCCUACUGAAGCUGUGAUCCGAUUGGUCCUCUCUGCUCUGGUGGGCGUGGCUACUGUCAUUCUUGUGCUUUAUCACAUCAGAUCCAGAAGAGCUGAAGGAGAUCAAGCACAUAUUCACACAUCAGGAAGUGCUUAAAUCUGAAGCAGAACGCUGAACUUUAAAGGUUCUUCAAGUGUGUUUUUGUCAUAAUAAAUACUGAUGAUUAUUUGAGCUUCUCUUUCAGUGUCAGAUUUGUAAAACUCUUAUUUGUAAGGCUUUAUUGUUUAUAUUUCUCUCAGAGACACACAGAUCUCACUUUACUACUACUGCUGUAUAUUUGUCAUGUGUAUUUUACACUGUUGUUGAUGAUCAAAUUAAAAUAGCAUCUUUUUAAUGUGUCUGAUGGAGUUGACACAAAUUAAGUUCUGAAGUACAUUUUUAGAAGAAAACAUUUUCAGAAAAACCUGUUCAUUAGCUGAGACCUUUGUCUACAAAUAUAUCAGUUUAUAAUAAUGUGUUAUGAAAUAAUAAAAACUAACAUCUCAAA